AUGUCAAGUAGUAGGGAGCUUUUUGACUUGGUGAGAAGCUCAAGGCUAGCUCAAGUGGCAAAGCCUCACCUGAAGAAUAUAAGGGGUCAAUCAAAUAUACCUACCCAUCAAACAGUUUUUACACCAUCUUCUAGUGCAUACAGAUCAAACUAUGGUUUGAAAACGGCAUUGCCUUCAAAAAUUGGCAAGUCGCACAUUUCAUUCAAUGAUAUUGACAAUUAUAAGGGUAUGCCUGAUGUUGAAAAAAACUCGGGCCAUCAUUAUACUCAGUUGAUGUUUCAAGAAUUGGGGAUGCCUUUAAAGAAUCACUUUACCUCACAAAAUCCGUUGUUUCCACACCCUUCAAAUAAGAGCAACAAACAACCAAGAGAGGGAAGUUUGACUAAUCUUUUGAAUUUGGACACCAGAGCAAAAACCGAAGCUGUUAUCAAAAUCCUCAACAACAAUCCGAAUUUGUAUCAAAGUUUUAGAAAUUACAUUUCCAAAAAUUAUCCAAAAGUUUUGCUCACCAGCACGCCACAAUCUGAACUCAUAGGUUUAAUUAAAGAAUUUCUUCAAAAUUCAAAACAAGUCUCCAAGAAUAUGAAUACCGUUCAUGACAGAUCGAGAGAUGACACUUACACCAUACAAGGCACAGGUGGGUUCUCGUACAACCAAAAAGGAAGGCUUCAAAACACACCCAAUGGUAUCAAGAACAAUACCGUCACCACAGGAAGGAUUGUGGGCACAAAAGAAGCAGCAAUAGGAGGAUUUGUUGCAAAUGUAAUUGAUCGUUCCAUUGCCUUGCAAACAAACUAUGCCAAGAACUACCCCGGAAAGCACCACAGGCAAUUCACUAUGCCUUUCAAGAUCAAUGAAGCAGAAUUGUCAGAGGACGGCUCUAUUAGAUUAUUUGCUGAAGGUAUCAAGACCGGUAAUUGGUCCGAUGCCGAUGAGAGGUAUCCUACUUCUGGUUCCUCAUUUGGCGGCUCUUCAGAAAGAGUUAGAGCCGAUGACGAGAGCUUGGAAAGUUUGCUCAACUUAAUCCUUCCCUCUCGGUGA